CCCAUCUCUCACAACUCUAACAACCUCAUUAUGUUCACUUCGUCUUCAGUGCAUGAGGAAUCCGAAACUGUCGACAUUCCAAGUGUUUUGCACAGCCAGGAAACCUACGAGUUCAUCGGCUUCACACCACAAGUUGCCGCAGACAUAUGGCAAUGCUUUCUUACGCAGCCACCUGACCUUGACGGAAGUUUUCUCGAUUUUACGACGGAGCACGUAGGGCUGCAUCCUAUUUCGGAUGCCGAAAGUGGCCACGAUGACUGGAUUGGAUGCCUCCAGGCUCUUGGGAUUAACGACCAGCUGUCGACCGCCAUCCUGUUACCUGAAUAUGACGACAUCAGAUUCUCGGCUACCUGCAAAUACUGGGUGCUCGAGUCACUUGUUUCCACGUAUCAUGCACUUCAAAAUCUUACCAGGGGAAAUGUCAAGUAUGCAGAGACUGUCGAUGCCAUCCCUGGUCAUCAUGUCGUUUGGUGGGCUGGCGACAAGUCUCAGGCUGCAAGAUUCUAUGAGCAUGAGACUGGAAAGAUCAACCUCGCCUCAAUUUCAACGGCACCUGGAGACUUCAGUGGAACUUUUAGAACCGCCUAUUUCACUCCCCAAAGAGAGACGGCGGACAGGUAUGCGUGCUGGAGGAAACAUAAACAGCCUAUAUCAGAAAUUGCGGUAAUCCAAGUUGCUGUUCCGGACGACUUCAUCAGAAGCUUAUCAACACAAUACCUAUGGCUCAAAGACAGGUCUAGGCCUUCCGAUGAAUGGAAGGAGCUCAUCUGGCAUUCAAAACGGGGAAUGCGCCUCCCCAAAGAUCUUAGGUGAAUGAGUCAGAAGGAUCUGUUGAUUGGACAUAUUGCGUCUGGGCUCAAUUGCAAGUUCCACGGCAUCGACAACCCAACCGACAUUAAGGAGACGGACUUGGUCACGAUCAAGGUGGACAGCACGUCGAUGAAGUCCAUCCAAUGGGUUUUUAUGACAGACGAUGCAAUGGACGGGUUCGAGGAGAAUUGUAAAGGAAAGGUUCAGUUCUAUUCCCUGGGAGCCCUUAAGGUGCCAAAGAUGGUGGAGUGAGGGACUUCUUCAACACUAUUAUUUUUCAGUUACGUUUGUGAUCAUCACCUCCUGUUCCUGCCAAACGCCACCACCGCUCAUAAACGUCAACCAUUACCACCAUCCCAAC